AUGGGUAAAACAGCACCAAAUAUUAAAGCAGCAGCUGGAAAAACAUCAACAAGUGACCGUACACCUAUUACAACUGGAGAAUUAAACGAUCCAUUUCAAGUACAAAAAAAAAAUAUUCGUACAGCUGCACUUAUCGUUUGCACUUUUACAUAUUUGAUUAUUGGAGCUUGUGUAUUUGAUGCACUUGAAGAUGCUCCAUUUACAGAUCGAAAACAUCGUUUUGAACGAAUAUUUGCUCAAUUUAAACUUGAUCAUAAUAUGACUAAUGAAACAUUUCGUCAAUUAUCCGAUUUAAUUAUGAAUAAAACAAUUGUUCGUCAUAAAUGGAAAUUUUAUGAUAGUUUUUAUUUUUCAACUGUUGUCUUAGCCCUUAUUGGUUAUGGCCAUCGACAACUAAUAACAUCACGUGGAAAAAUUUUCUGUAUCUUUUAUGCUAUGUUAGGUAUACCUAUGUGGUUAAUAACAUUUCAAUCUACAGGUGAACGACUAAAUUCACUUUUGAGUUAUGUUCUUGCUCGACUUAAACAUUCAUUAAAUAUGAAACAAACUAAAAUAACUGAUGGAGAAUUACUUGUAACAGAAUCCUUAUUAUCGAUAGUUAUACUAGUCAUAGGUGCAUUUGUUUUUUCUAAAUAUGAACAAUGGUCUUUUUUUGAAUCAUUUUAUUAUGGUUUUAUAACAUUAACAACCAUUGGUUUUGGUGAUUAUGUUGUUUUACAAAAUAAUCAUCGUGAUAAAGACUUUAUUUAUCAUGCUGAAUAUUUUUUUUUCUGUAUGGCAUUUAUUUUUCUUGGUCUUACUGUUCUUGCAUCAUCGAUGAAUUUACUUGUUAUACGUAUUGUUGCAUUUUAUUCUCAAGAACGUUUACUUGAAAAACUUCGUCAAGAAGAAGCAGCUAAUCAAGCUGUUUUACUUAAAGGUGAUGUUAUUUGUUCAACGAAUACAGGAAAACAACGUUCAACAACACCAGUUAUGGCUGAAAUGACAGCAAGUCAACAACAGCAAUUAUUAUUGAAUUCUAGUCAAACAUCUAUAUGUUCAUGUACAUGUAUGGAAACAUUUAGUGAAUGGAGACAAACAAGAAAAAAACGUUCAAAAUGGAAAAAACAACAACGAUAUGGAUUAAAUAAAUCAAUGAAAAUGUCUGAAUCAACAUCUUCACUUAACAUGAUACUUAUUAUGUGUGGAAUUUGGUGCAUAUUUGGUUCAACAGUUGAUACUCAUCAACAAAUUCCAGGAUGUUUUAAUAUCGCUCACCGUGGUCCUGAUUGUUUUCGUUUUGAAAAUGUUAAUCAUUUUUCAAGAUGUGUUUUUGGUUUUCACCGUUUAGCUAUCGUCGAUGAUAUUUAUGGCAUGCAACCAAUGCGUAUUCAUGCACUACCACACAUAUGGAUGACUUAUAACGGUGAAAUUUAUAAUUUCCGACAGACACAAAAAAAAUUUGGUUAUCAAUUUGAAACAUCAUGUGAUGGAGAAAUUUUAAUUCAUUUAUAUAAUGAUAAAGGUGUACGUUUUAUGUGUGAACAACUUUAUGGUGUUUUUGCUUUUGUAUUAUUUGAUACAAAAGAACGAAAAGUUUUUGUUGGUCGAGAUACAUUUGGUGUUCGACCUUCUUUUCGUAUCUAUACUGAAUGUGGAUUUUUAGCUGUUUCAUCUGAAGCUAAAGGCCUUGAAGGUGUAACAGUAUCAUCAAAUCAAGCAUUAAAAAUUGAAGCUUUCGAACCCGGUACAUAUGAAGAAUAUAAAUUAGAUGAGAAUGAAAAGGCUGAAUUUAUUAAAAAAGAACGUUUUCAUUGUAUUGGAAAAUUUCCAAUAUAUGAAGUUAAUGUUAAUUUAACAGAUGACGUAUCAUUAAAUAUUCGUUCAUAUCUUACCAAUGCUGUUCAAAUGCGUUUAAUGUCACAUCGACGUAUUGGUUGUAUGUUAUCAGGUGGUCUUGAUUCAAGUUUAAUUGCUGCUUUAACUGUACAAGAAGCUCGAAAACAAGGUAUUACUUAUCCAAUUCAAACAUUUUCUAUUGGAAUGGAUGAAGAAAGUCCUGAUUUACUUGCUGCACGAAAAGUUGCCAAACACUUAGGUACUGAACAUCAUGAAAUACGUUUUACAGCUGAUGAUGCAAUAAAUUAUUUAAAAAAUAUAAUCAAUUCACUUGAAUCUUAUGAUAUAACAACAAUACGAGCAUCAAUUGGAAUGUAUUUUGUUUCGAAAUAUAUUCAAGAAAAAACUGAUACUGUUGUUAUUUUAUCUGGUGAAGGUGCUGAUGAAGUUUGUCAAGGUUAUAUUUAUUUUUAUCGACAACCAACACCAGAAGAAGGUGAUCAAGAAAGUCGUCGUCUUUGUCAAGAUCUUUAUUUCUUUGAUGUACUUCGUGCUGAUCGUACAACAGCUGCACAUGGACUUGAAUUACGUGUACCAUUUCUUGAUCAUGCAUUUACAUCUUAUUAUCUUUCAUUACCAGCAAGUGAACGAGCACCAACAAAAGAACGAGCAGAAAAAUAUCUUUUAAGAAAAGCAUUUGAUGGUCUUGAUUUGAUUCCAUCAGAAAUACUUUGGCGACCAAAAGAAGCUUUUUCUGAUGGUGUUGCUGCAAAAAAAAAAUCACUUUUUCAAUACAUGCAAGAAUAUGCUGAAACACAAGUCUCUGAUACUGAUUUUCAACGUGCCUCUACUUUAUAUCUAACUAAUACACCAAAGAGUAAAGAAGCAUUUCUAUAUCGUUCAAUAUUUGAAAAACUUUAUCCUGGUCAAGAGCAUCUUACACCAUAUAUGUGGCUUCCCAAAUGGUGUGGUGAUCAAACAGAUCCAUCGGCACGUGUUCUUAAACAUUAUCAAGAACAACAAGGCGAUGCAGAUAAAUCUUAA